AUGUCGGUCGAGCCACCACCCCGCCCCGCGAACUACUCCUACUCCCGCGAGGAGCGCUACGAGAAGUCUGUCGGAGGAGGCACCAGCGACCACGAGAAGUAUGCUGCCGGAUUCGCCGCCGUUGCCAUCGCCAGCGCUGCCCUGGCCGUCCCCCUGGUGGUCCAGCCCCAGUCCACCGCCGAGUUCCUGCUGGGCGCAGCCGCGCUGCCCACCAACAUCGAGCAGGACCGCCUGCUGGGCCUGUUCGCCGGGGGCCUGCUGAGCGCCACCGCCGCGGCCUGGGCGCUCAAGGGCGACGCCGAGCGCCACGAGCUGGACCUGAACACCAGUGAGAACCUGCAGCUGGGCCUGAUCGGGUUCGCCGCCUCCAACCUGGCCGCGAACCUGGCGCACGUCAAUGACCUCACCCCCAACGGUCUGGCCGCGGGCGCGGCCACCGCCGCCAUCUCGCUGGCCGUCCCCGCCGCGCGCCUGCUGGUCUCCGGCUCCGGCCGCCGCAAGGUCGGGGACAGGAUCAAGGGCGCCUUCGACUCCCUGGGCCGCGUCUUCGACCUGUCCAAGGGUGGCUUCAAGCUCACUUCCGCCCUGUACGCCCUGCUGGUCCCCGCCACCGUGGUGGCCGGCACCGCCUUCACCGCCUCGCCCGCCGCCUCGCUGGAGGGCACCCUGGGCUACGUGCUCAAGGGCGCCGACUCCGUGUACCUGUGGCGCCAGAUCGGCGGCGCCCUGCUGACCAUCUCCCCCGCCAUCCUGCUGACCCUGAAGGAGAAGGCCGACAACGACGAGCUGGGCGAGACCCAGCCCCGCAUCCUGAACGCCGGCGUCCUGCUGGCUGGCGUGGUGCAGCUGGCCGCGCUGGGCCCUCUGGCCGCGGACGGCGGCGGCGGCCGCUACCUGCCCCUGCUCCUCGCCAAUGCCGUGGCCACCACCGCCGCGGGGCUGGCCGGCCUGACCAGCUCCAACACCGCCAAGAAGCUGUGA